AUGGCGCCAGACGAAUACUCCACUGGCGGGGGUGGCAAGCUCAAGCUCAAGGGCAGCAAAGUGAGCGACGGGCGGGUAGACAAGAAAAAGAAGAAGAAGGCGAAGAAGGAGAAAGACGCUGCGCAAGGCGACCAAGCUGAACAAGCUCAACGGUCCCAGCGGCAGGAGUCAGGUGAGGCUGAUUCUCCGCGGGAUGAGUCCCGGGAACGAGACGAACAGGCCGGUUCUUCGGCGGCGAAGACGGAGGCUGAGAGGAAGUAUGAGGAGGUUAGAAGGAAACGGUUGCAUGAGCGGCUUCAGAAAGAAGGCAUCAAGUCACACAAGGAACGUGUGGAGGAGUUGAACAAGUACCUCAGCCGGCUGAGCGAGCAUCAUGAUAUGCCGAAGAUCGGCCCAGGUUAA